AGCAACCUACUAUAUUCUCAAACGCGCGUUACGCCAGCGGCGCUUCGCCGCCACCCUCCCUUCCAGCGCGCUUGCGCCGAGCCCCUGCAAAUCCGGGGCUUCCUAUUCAGGGAGGGCUUUUGCGCCGCCGGCGUGGCGCGCGCUCCAUAGGCCGCCGCUGAGCCGUACGCCGCUGGAGUAGAGGCGUCGCGGUGUGCCCGCUGCCCGUGGAGUGUGUGUGGGGGGGAAGGGAGAGAAGAGGCUUAAAGAGACAACAGCCGCGGGAGGCAGCCCACAAUGGAGCGGCUGGCGGGGGGCCGGGGGGCUGGCCCCCGCCUCUGAGGGGCCCCGAGGAGUUGGGAGCCGAAGGAUCUAAGCUGGCAGGACCCUCUCCACAGAAUGUGCUCUUCACCAAAGAGCGGGCCAAAGCAGGCGAAGAUGAGAAUCCCGGCGGGACCUUCAAGAGCACUAACAUUGCAGUAGCCCGGCGCCUGUGGGUGGCAGUGACGCCCCCAGCCCCCUCCCCUCCAUCUCAGACCGUGAUGGUGUAUUGACCGAGAAGAGCCCAGCUUUUUUUUUAUUUUUCCUUCCCCUCCCUCCCCCUCGAGUUUCGGUGGCUUUGGGAUUUGUAUGGCAGCGGCGUAACCGUGGAGAGGCCGGGGUAUCACAAACUUAUGGAUUUUGAUAAGAGAGGAGGGAAAGGGGAGACAGAGGAAGGCAAAAGAAUGUCCAAGGCAGGUGGAGGAAGGAGCAGCCAUGGGAGCCGGAGCGCAGGGACUAACUCUGGAGUCUUAAUGGUGGGCCCCAACUUCCGUGUCGGGAAGAAGAUUGGAUGUGGCAAUUUCGGGGAGCUCCGUCUAGGAAAGAAUCUCUACACGAAUGAAUAUGUAGCUAUAAAAUUGGAACCGAUAAAAUCACGAGCCCCACAGCUGCAUCUGGAAUAUCGGUUUUACAAACAGCUCGGAAAUGCAGCCGCCACCUGGCUGGGGCGCUGCCGCCGGGAGGGAGGGAUUUCCCCGUCUCUGCUGCAGCUCGGCACUGACUCCCCCACACUCGCCCCUGCAGAAGGAAUUCCUCAGGUUUAUUACUUUGGGCCCUGUGGGAAGUACAACGCCAUGGUGCUGGAGCUGCUGGGACCCAGCCUGGAAGACCUGUUCGACCUGUGCGAUCGGACCUUCACGCUCAAAACCGUCCUGAUGAUAGCGAUACAGCUGAUCACGCGGAUGGAGUACGUUCACACCAAAAGCCUGAUCUACAGAGACGUCAAGCCAGAGAACUUCCUGGUGGGGCGGCCGGGCAGCAAGCGUCAGCACACCAUCCACAUCAUUGACUUUGGCCUGGCCAAAGAGUACAUUGACCCCGAGACCAAAAAACACAUCCCCUACCGAGAGCACAAGAGCCUGACGGGGACGGCGCGAUACAUGAGCAUCAACACACACCUUGGGAAAGAGCAAAGCCGCAGGGAUGACCUGGAAGCACUAGGGCACAUGUUCAUGUACUUCCUGCGGGGCAGCCUCCCUUGGCAAGGGCUCAAGGCUGACACGCUGAAGGAGCGGUAUCAGAAGAUCGGAGACACCAAAAGAGCCACCCCCGUCGAAGUCCUGUGUGAAAACUUCCCAGAGGAGAUGGCAACCUACCUGCGCUACGUGCGGCGGCUGGAUUUCUUCGAGAAGCCGGAUUACGACUACCUGCGCAAGCUCUUCACGGACCUGUUCGACCGGAGCGGCUACGUCUUCGACUACGAGUACGACUGGGCCGGGAAGCCAUUACCAACUCCAAUCGGCACAAUCCACAGCGACGUCCAGGUGCAGCCUCCGAACAGAGACAAAGCACAGCCACACACCAAACACCAGUCGCCCGAGGGGAACGAGUUGUGUGAUCCUCAGGCUAGUCAGCAGCCUGCCGAGGAACCUCUAGGAACUCACCUAGCGACCAGCAGGCUUGGGGGUUCUGUGCAGGUGAUGAGUUCCACCAACGGAGAACUGAACACGGACGACCCAACCGCGGGACACUCGAAUGCCCCGAUCACGGCGCCCGCCGAGGUGGAGGUAGCGGAUGAUACAAAGUGCUGCUGUUUCUUCAAGAGGAGGAAGAGAAAAACCAUCCAGCGCCACAAGUGAUCUGCCAGGGACAUAACGGAUCAGUUUGUGCAGUAUCGCCUCUAACUCUGGCUCCGGAUGGGUCUAGAUUCCUGAUCAGAUCUGCAAGGCCUUCCCUCCCUCUGAUUUGGAUGGGGGUGGGGGAAGAGCCGUCAUGACUUCACCGCCUAGCACCAUGUGUGUGGAUGGGGAGGGGGGGAGGGACGUUCCCAAACUGCUUUGCUUUUCCUCUACCAGCACCACAUCCACCCAGUAGGCGUUUACUCAAACCCAGUCAGACUUUGCCGCCGUUCCCAGGCCCGUCUGUCAUGCAGUCCACGGAGAGCAUUAAGCUAUUUAACAAGGAAACCAACCAACCAAACCCACGACGUGAAUUUCUUUUGAUUCUAUUAACUAGUUUGAAAACGGGGAUCAACUCUACAGACUCAGAAAACGUUGCUGGCGUAGAAGAAGCCGAAGACAAUUUCAAGGGGGGGGGCUAUGGAGAAUUUUUUUCCCUGUCGCUUCGUUAUCGCCGAAGUUAAUUUAAGUCUCGGUGCAGAGUGCUGCGUUGUCAGUCUUUGACCUUCCUCUUUUUAGUGUUGAAAUUCUGCUUUUCUUUUAAAGAUGGUGUUUUCCCUGUGAGCUCCCCCUCCCCCGUUUGGUUCAAGUUCUUUCCUGGUGGGGGCGAUCAACCGCUAUGUUAGCCGAGUCUCUGGUACGGUGAUGCGUGGAGGAGGGACUCGUUUACACUUUCGUUUUACGAUGCACUUUUGCUAGCAAUACAAGCGAUGUUUGGUCUUGAAAUUAACAGUUUAGUAAUUAACUGGGGAAAUCAGGUGGGAGGAGGGGAGGGGAGCCGAAUUUAGGGUCUCAGGAAUGGGUGGGAGCUUAUCAGAACCCUGAAGCUGUGCCCUCGGCCCUUUGAAAUGGGCAGCCUCCCGUGGGGGCACCUGGCCAAGACCAAAGGGAAACUUAACGUUGAAGAGCAAGGUAGAAAAAGGAUGUCUUAAUGGUCCCUGCAAUGAGCCUUGGGGUGGGGCCCACGACGGCCUAGGCCGGUUUUAUGGAGCAUAGGAUUGCUGAGUCCUGCUUAUUCUCCUGGUAUGAGAAUUCAGUGUCCUCGGUUUGUGAAGUUGCUUAACUGGACUCUUUUAAAAAGACUUUCCUGUUGUUCAGGCCCCUAGCCCAGUGAAUCUCCCGUUGCUGAUACUCUGACCUCCCGGGAGGAUCAAGAGCCUCCUGAAUGAACCAAAACCAAGCCAGUGCAGUAAGGCCGCUGUGUGCAUGUUCCCUUGGGGGAGGAGGGGAGGCCAGCACUGGUUAAAACUCCUUGGGGUUCCACGUCCCACUUGAAAGGGGCAAUGUGAAAAGGGGCCAGCGUGGAGUUGUAGCUUGCUGGGAAAUGCAACUCAUGAGGACAGACCCAGCUAGGCUGUUCUGUCUGGCCACUGACCCCUCCUUUGUGGAGGGAACCUUAUGAAGGUUGAAGCUCACCUAGAUUGGCCCACUCAGCUCAUCCACCAAUCAGAGGCCCAUGUGCUUACUCCUUAGCUGAUCACAUGUUGCAGGUCCUAGUUGUGGAUUUUUUUU